AUGCUACCAACAUAUGCUAAGAUACACACAAAAGGUCCUGGUGCAACUACGACCCAGACAUACGCUAGUAUAGUGAGAAACAAAAUCACUAAGCAAGAGGUGGCCCAAAAACGGCUUGUUCUGUCGAAAGUCCGUGCCGUUGUCAAAGACGAACCAAGAGAGAAGCACAGCGAAGAUCCCGACGAAGAAGAUCCCGACGAAGAAGAUCCCGACGAAGAAGAUCCCGACGAAGAAGAUCCCGACGAAGAGUACGACGAGGAAGAGUACGACGAGGAAGAGUACGACGAGGAAGAGUACGACGAGGAAGAGUACGACGAGGUAGAGUACGACGAGGAAGAGUACGACGAGGAAGAGUACGACGAGGAAGAGUACGACGAGGAAGAGUACGACGAGGAAGAGUACGACGAGGAAGAGUACAAUGAAGAAGAGCACGACCAAGAAGGGAAUUGGAAACAUGGCCGUUAUCCACGUGCUCCCAUGAUAGAUUGGGCCAAAACUUGGGUUUCGAAGAAAGAGCUCGAGUUAUUUGAUGAUGCAGCUGGUUAUUUUUUUGACUAUGUUGAGAAGAAUCUUCCGGACGGUUUCGAGAAGUUCAAAUGUCAAGUGAAAUACCAAUUCAUUCACAGCAAAGAUACCGAAAUUCGGUCUUACGGCUUUGGGAUAGUUCGACUCAUCCUAGAUGAAUUCGUGAAGGUGGUCGAGGACACAGCAGUUUCCACAUCCAAGGAAAAGCUCGAAAAGCUCUGCGGCCUUGUGAAGUAUCUGGUUCUCGAGGCAAAGUUCAUUAAAGUCAAGCAUGUCGAUAGAGCCGUCAAGGAUAUGUACUCGGCGGAACGCAUUCCUAUUCGCGACUAUGAAAUUGAGGAAAAGCUUACCGUGUUCGAAAACUGGCAUUCCUUCACUGUUCUUCUCAGGAAGGAGCGACUUAUGGAAAGAGGAAUCCCUGCAUGUCAUGCCGAGGACUUAUACAGCCAGAAUCCCCCACAAGAUCAGAAUUCCCCACAAGAUCAAGCGGUUUUCGUCGCUCUUUGCAAUUGGUACAUCUUCGCGGGCGAGAUUUUCCGCGAUCGUCCUGAGGGAGAACAAGAAGCUAUCUAUUCGCGCAUACAGUGCGACACAAGCAAUUAUGCAAAAGAGGGACCACAAGAACUCGUUACUUUGGGACAAGAAAUGUUGAAGUGCAUGGAAAACUUGCAGCCCACGUUGAGAAGUGCCUCCCAAGAAAAGGAGCAUAGCCUGUAG